AUGCGUCGCUACUUCUCCCAAUCUCGCGGUUCUCGUUUCUCGAUGCUCAGGCAGCCCUCGGAGAAGACUGACGACACGGACGCUCUCAACGAUGAGAGUACGAACGGCCAAGUCGAUCCACCCCAGCCGGACACUCCCCUCCCUCCCCCAAACCUAAAGGUCAAACGUGUCGACCACUACUGGAGCUCGUGGUCGAAGUCGUGGAAGUAUCGCAACACCGGCUCAGGGGUCGUGGCGGAGGUUGCGCACCCCGUCGGAAACGGGUCCGACAACGACCCCUGGCAGAGCUUCUGCUUCGUGGUCGUACGCAAGAUGCCCGAGGAGCACCAGAAGCUCAUGAACCCCGAUCCCACCUUCCAAGUCGUCGUCAAAAGCCCAUACCUGCUCAAAGCAUGCAAGGACGUCAUGGGCGACAUUAACGGGCUAUCUUGGACUACGGAGCCGCUCGAGCUCGAUCCCCAGCUCCUCCUCUCGUUCUUCCCCGACUUCGAGUCCUACGAGCUGGCACUCCGCGACAAGGGCGCCCGUCGCACUACGGAGGAGGAACACGUGCUCCCCACGGUCGGUGUCCUGCUCGAGUACCUCCGAAAAGACUACCGCGCCACGCUCGCCCGCAUCCACAGCCUCGUCACGCACGGCGAGAUCACCUUCGACCUCCUGUACUCCAUCCUCGUCCCGCGCACGAUCGUCGUCACCGACUGCCCAACGACCGACGAGCCCCGCGCGCUGCAACUGCUCACCGCGACGAAAGUCGGCGCCGGCAUGUGCUCGGCAUACGUGCUCGUGUGUGAGAGCGUGGACUCGACCGAGGAGGGCGCGCUCUCCGGGCGCGAGGCUGAGAACGCGCGGACGAACUCGAACUGGAGGGGCGUCAAGCGCUCCCCGUCUGCAGAUCCGUCAGGCAUGCCGAGCGAGGGCGGCACGCGGGCAUUCGGGCGCAUCCAGAACCAGGUCGUCAUCCCGUUCUUCAAGGGGACGGUGAAGAUCAACUCGCUCGAGGUGUUCCCGCUGCAGUACCACCACAGCCCGGACGAGCUGAAAAAGACGCUCAUCGAGCGCGGUCGGAUGUGGGUGUCCAUGCGCGGCGUGCACCACAUGUACCAUGAGGGCACGGCUGCUCGGAACGUGGAGACCUUUGGAGGGAAAAGGAAGGCGAUCAAGUUCAAUGUGACGUCGCGCGUCAUGAUCGACCGAGGGAACUUCAUUCGCAUGAACCCCAAUUACUCGCUGCCAACGGCGGCAGUGCCACAGACCGAGGAAGAAGUGAACCUCCAAAACCAUCUAAUGGUCGACCCGAACGCCCCUCGUUUGGAACUGCGCGCACACCGCGAGCUUGAGGAAGACGUGCCGCUCACGGACGACGAGCUCAUGCUGGCUUCCCCGGUCCUCUACGGGUUCGGCUUCGCUGAUAAGAUCUGGCUCGAGUUCAACGUAGCCAACAUCCAGCCGAUCUCGUGGAACGACGAGGCUUUCGACGGUCUGGUGCUCACGGCUGAUCGCAAGAACUUGCUACGCUCGCUCGUCGACGCGCACCACGCCAACCUCGGUUUCGACGACUUUGUCCGAGGGAAGGGCCAAGGCCUCAUCAUCAACCUCUUCGGCCCUCCGGGAGUGGGAAAGACGCUGUCUGCGGAAGCGACGAGCGAGCGCGUCCGCCGGCCGCUGUACGUAGUCGGGGGCGGCGACCUUGGAACGACCGCCGCUGGGCUCGACGCCGAGCUCGAGAAGGUCUUCGACAUCGCGACGAGCUGGAAGGCGAUCGUGCUGAUCGACGAGGCGGACGUGUUCCUCGAGCGGCGGUCGAUGCACGACCUCGAGCGGAACGCGAUGGUCGCCGUCUUCCUGCGCCACGUCGAGUACUACCGCGGCAUCCUCUUCCUCACCACGAACCGGAUCACCGCGUUCGACGAGGCGUUCCUGUCCCGCAUCCACGUCGCGCUGCACUUUUCGGAGCUCUCGGUCGACAUACGCGCCCAGAUCUGGCGGACGUUCCUGCGCAAGGCGGGGGUGGCGGAGGCAACGGUGGGCGAGAAACUGGUGCAGCGGCUGGCGGAGCGGAACGUGAACGGGCGGCAGAUCAAGAACGCGUGCCGGACGGCGCAGUCGCUCGCGCUGAGCCGGGAGGAGGGCCUCGGGUACGCGCACCUGGCGGAGACACUGGACGCGAUGGAGGAAUUCACAGCAGACUUCGAAGCGCUGGGGAAGGCAGAGCGGGGUCAAUGA